AUGAACUUAUUGUUUGCAGAUGACAAAUGAAAACCACUGAAAAGAGUAUAUAAUCGGAGUCAAGUUUGAACAUCGGAAUCUGACGUAUAAGGGAAAUGAUGUCGUGUUUAUACAUGUCCAUCAUCGUACGCACAACUGAACGGUUCAUGUUAUAAUAGCAGGAUGGCCGCCAAGAACAACGUGUUCACCGACAAGGAGACUAUAAAUUGGUUCAAUGCGUCCAAAGCACUCAAUGUGGCGAAGCAAGGACUUACUAACUUUCUUGACACACAAUUACAGAAUGUACACGCCGCUGUUGGUAGAAGUUGUGGAAACUGUCCGAUCGAAAAACUCAUACCAUGUCCCACUAACCCAUAUUGUAACAAGAAGAAACGAAAUUAUUGUCCUUUUCACAAAUCACAGAAACCACAGCCAUGUCCAACAAGUGAUCACGUAAAACAGAAUAUCAUAUUACAGCACAGAUACCAUGGGCCGUCCUGGAGAAACACUCGUGCGGAAAACUGGGCACAGGACUAUUGGGAAAUAGGAAAAUGCUUCCUCCCUCCAGACGGAUAUAGCCAUGUUUGCUCGGUCCAGGAAUCAGACUUCAAUGGCGUGAUAAGCAUUAUGUUGAAUUGCCUAUACUUCCAGACAUGUCUCUCUUUAUCCUGUCUAUCACCUCCACCACCUGAUAAACAAUGUCCACUAGAAAAGGUCCGUCAGAUCGGCCGAGAUGUACGUCACACAUCCGACAACAAGGUUACAGAUGCUGACCUACAGGACUAUUUCCAGACCCUGUCCACGCUACUGGCUGAUCCAAACUGCUUACAACAUGAUCCCUCAGCAACCAUUGCAUGCACGACUCUUAGAGAUGUAAGUCUAAGGGACCCGUUUACAUUUACAAAUUUAAAUCAGUUUGUGACAUCUUUUAAAAUUACAAAAAUAACGCACAAUAACAAAAUAACUUAUUAUAAAUGAUCAAAAUAACAUUAAGGCCAUAUAAAUGUUUUGUGAAAUAAGAUGGUUUCCCCACAACGUGGAAGGAAUGAAGCAUUACACUCGUCCGUUCGUUCGUACGUUCUUUGAAACGUAAGUCCAUCACGAAGAUUUUCAUUGAACUGGUGAUUUCGCAUAAA